AUGAUUACAUAUUAUGAUGAUUUUACCAAGCUUAUCUCUAGUCGACCUGCGAAGAGAAAAGAAAAUCAGUACCAGAAUCAGCAACAGAAAGCACAAACAGAUUUUGCUUUUGAUAAUCCAUAUUUCAAGGAACAAGAAGGAGAUGAUGGAGAAACUGUAGACAAAGGUAAAACAAGGUCAUCCAUUAAUAAGAAAAAUUCUAUACGGUCAUUAAAGCAGUCUGAACUUUCUACUAAAGGAAAGAAAUUGAAAAGUGGCAAAAAUCCUUUUACAUUUGGAGGAGGAGCAGGAAAAAAGCAACGAGCUCUGGAUGACACUUGCCUGACAGUGGAACCAGUUCGAACUACAGUUGCUCUACGAGGUCAUGAUUUUACAGGGCUUGGUUUCAACAUAUGUGGGAAUAUGAGAGAUGGUAUUUUAGUGAAAGAUGUUUUACAUAGAGGACCAGCUAGUGAAUCUGGUCUCAUUAAAGCAGGUGACAAGAUCAUUAGUGUGACUGUCUCAUUUACAAAUAUAGUAUACGAAGAUGCCUUAACAAUUUUAAGCUAUGCCUCUCCAUAUGAUGUGCAACUUGAAAUUGAAAGAACUCCAGAUACAUCCCGAACUAUGCAGACUACACCACUGGGAUCAAAGAGACUUGGUUCGUGCAGUUUCAACAACAGUGGGCAAAAACUCUUUCACCCACUUUAUAGGAGUCAGAGCAUAGAUGAUUUAACACAGAUAGAUAAAGAUACACUUCCAUCCCAUGGUCUUGGACCUAGGCGCUCCCAGAGUGUUGGUGUUGCUGCUCAUAAAUUAGCUGCACACUUUAAAAAUUCAGAUUCCAAACUAGAGAAGAAAGAGCACAACCCUUCAGUUGUUUUAUCAAUUACUGGUUCUUUAAACGAAAAAAUGUUAGCAAAUGUUAUGACAGAUGGCAACCUUCAUAAUGGACUGCAAUGGGAGAAAAGGUUUGAAGACACACUUGAAAGUGAAGAUAUAAAAAUUCACGAGAGAAGAACUCCUGAUAAAGAUGUUAAAGUCGAUAUAGUUAAAGACAUUACAUCUACUAGUGAUAGUGCUUCCAGCAUAUCUGAAGAUGAAAUAACUGAAAUAGAAAAUCAUCGACAAAAGAUUAGUGAUACGGUAUCUCAUACACCAGUACAAAAGCAGGAGAUAUAUAAAUCAGCUAUGAAAAGUGAAAAUAACCAUGGUAAUAACUCACAAACACAUCCACAUGAGCAUGUGGAUGGCAAGAGAGCUAAAACUAUGGCAGAAGCAUCCAAUGCCCUAUGGCAGCUGGAUCACAGCAUAAAGAAUAAUAAUAUUUUGGCAUCCAACUCGCCACACAUAUCUGAAAGUAGAGAUCUUCCUCCUCCAAAAAAUUGCACACCAAAAACAAAAAUUAAGAAAUUGACUGAAAAUGAGGAAGGAAAUGAAUCUGAUGUUUCAAGGGAUUCACUGGAAUUAUCUAAUAAAAUAAAAGGAAGGCGAUAUACACCACAAACUCACACAACAGGAGAUGUAGUUUCUCAUUAUAAGAACAAUGUGAAAGAAAGCCAUAUGGUAAACUCACAGCAUAAACCAAAUUACCAACAGAAAUAUUCUAAAGCUCACCAUAAUGAUGUUCCAAGAAAUAAAGUCCAAAGAAAUGAAAUGGACCAGUUUCAAAAUUCUGAAAGAAUUUACACAAAUAGUGUUAUUAACAAAAAUGCUGUAUCACAUAAAAAUAUCAUCAAUACACAUGUAUGUACAGAGGAAACAACAGAAAAAAUAGAUAAAGAUAGAAGCAGCAAUCAAGAAAGAAUGCAUACAGAACAUAAUAAUCCAACAUCCAAGCAAUUAGUAUAUGAAAAACACAGAAACAUGCAAGAUAAAGCUUCAGCAAAUAGAAAUUCUCCAAAAUCUGCCAAUGACACAUUCAACAAUUAUGGCCGAAUAAAUGGAGAAAAUAUCUAUCAAGACAGACAACAGUUAAGAAAUUGUGAAAAUUUUCUUCAUAGUUAUGGAUCUGGUAAUAAGACUGCAGUUAAUAAUGAUGCAGAUCAAAAACAUAAGUUACAACAAAACUCUAAAUAUGGCUAUACGCAAAAAAUAGUGCCAGUAAAUUAUCACAUGCAAACACAUGAGGACAUAACAAAACAUGAAACGACUAUAAGACCAAGUGAAAACGAAAGUAAACUAUAUUUAAAUCAACAAAAAUUUAUCAGAAAAAAUCCAGUGGGAACAUUUACUCAAAUUAAUCCCUUUCAGCAACCCGCUAGACAAAGAAAUGUUGAUCUGAAAGUGUGGAACCGGAAAGAGGAUAAAAGUAAAGAAAUAUUAACAAAUGGUGAAGCCUGUUACACAACUACUUGUGAUUCUUCAGGUCAACAGUUCCGGCGUGAAGCGAUGCCUAGUUCCCAUUUACAUAAUCAGAGGACACUUGAAAGACAGUUUUGAUUUCUGAUUAUGUCAAUGGUAGUUGGUAAAACCUAAAAAAUCUGAGGAAUAAUGAUUGCAGAGAACAAAUACUACAACGAGAAGCACACACACAUUUCUUCAUUCUGGAGAUCACCAGUAAGACUUAAGCAUUAGAUAAACUAUUAAUAUUGAUAUUCUUGACAUAUGUCAAUAUAUUUUCGUAGACUAUGUUCCUUUAAAUUUUGUGUCUUAGUAUGGUCUCUCUCUACACUUAAAAUUCCCAAUUCUGAUUAAUAAAAAAAUUGCAGAGUACAUUUAUGAAUAAGUGGUAGCUGGCUACCACAUGAAUACCAAUAGUCAUGUGACUAUCUCUUCCCCAUUUUUAUGUCUGAUAAGAGUUUAUUUUUGUGGUAAUUUUAUUUCUAAUGGUACAACCAAGACAGAAACAUCAGUGAUAACAUAGUGAACUGAUCUGAAGGGUUCAAUCUUCCUUUAGCAGUCAUAAAUUUACUUUAGCAGCCUGUCUAUUGACGACUUUUUUUGUAAAGCGUGGUCUGUUGGUUCUUUACAAAUCUAAAACAUAACUUUCUUGCAAAUAUUAUUUUAUGGAGUAAUUAAAAAUGAAGAGACAUUGUGAUCAAUUUAUUUUCAUUUUGCCUCAUACAAAAAAAAAAAUUGGUUCUACCAUCACCAUAUCCCACUAAUGAACCAACUCCAUAAAAUUGAGUCUUUGUUACUAAGUGCAGCAUUACCAAAAUAAGUUUGUCAGAAUAUCAAAUUGCUUAUUUUUCUAAUGAAUUCUUUUUUGAUUUAGAAACAAUAUCCCAGUUAAAUGAGAAUGCAGUCUGAAACAUCCAUAACUGAAAAUGACAUUUUCUUGCAAUGAAAGUUAUUUUCCCUCUGUCCUCUGAAUGUUUAAGUAUAGUUGUAAUCUAAAAUCAAUUUAUUUCUAACAAUUAUUAUAACACAAUUUUAUCUCUAACAAUUAUCAUAACACAUACAUACAUACAUAUAUAUAUAUAACAUGUUUCCAUUAUUUAAACUCCAUAUUCUGGAAAUGAGGCAUCACAUAACAAUUUGAAAUAUUCCUGAAUGUGUAAAAAAUUAUCUAAAUAUUUAGAAUUUGUGACAAUUGCAGAUAUAUAAGUUACAUUCAGUUAUAACGACUACUAAACCAUAACAACACUGCAAAUGUUAUUUUUAAAAUAUGGUUAUACUGAUUCUUUUCACUUUGAUGUAUUCUUUUUUACUUUGAUCAGAUUAUUUUUAAAUAUGUACAAAUUUUCCUUUUUAAUACAGUAAUAUCAUAUUUUAUACAAACACUUAAUAUUUUGCUGCAUAGUCAAUUCACUAUGAUUUUUUACUAUGAAAUAUUUACAGACUCAAAUAAUGUAUAAUAUUUGUUUAUAUUUUAAUCAGGACAAAGC